GCAGAAAGUUCAAUCAUUCUUUUUUGAAUCAUCAACAAACAACAACAAUGUCCCUCCCUGCUAAGCUUGAAUCAAUCGUUUCUGACAUUGAAUCUCAAUUCUCAAUUGAUGACGCCUACAUUGUCAAGGCAACAAAGUUCUUUCUUUCCUCCAUGGAAGCCGGGCUUGCCGCUCCUUCCUCUCUGAGAGAAUACAUGCCAAUGAUCCCAGCCUACGUCACCUCCAUCCCAACAGGUAAGGAAAAGGGCCUCUUCCUUGCUGCCGACUUGGGAGGAACCAAUUUUAGAGUCUGUUCCAUCGACUUGAAGGGUGACCACACCUUCGAAUUGAAGCAAUCCAAAUACAGAAUCCCAGUUGAAAUCAUGAAUGCUGAAGAAUCAGAAGAAUUGUUUUCAUACUUGGCCAAGAAGGUUGAACUGUUUUUGGAAGAACACCAUGCUGACUACCACACCAAAUCUAAAGACCACUUGAAAUUGGGGUUCACCUUUUCCUUCCCCGUCAACCAAACCGCCUUGGACCAAGGUACUUUGAUCAGAUGGACCAAAGGUUUCAAUAUCCCAGACACCGUUGACCGUGAUGUCGUUGAAUUGUUACAAGCUAACUUGGUUAUCUUGGGUAUCAACGUCAAAGUCGUUGCUCUUGCCAACGAUACCGUCGGUACUUUACUUUCCCGUGCCUACGUCAAUGAUCCUGCCAAGACAAAGUCAAACACUAUAAUCGGUGCCAUCUUCGGUACCGGUACCAACGGUGCUUACUAUGAAACCAUUGAAAACAUUCCCAAAUUAACUGCUGAUAAAGUCCCAGAAGGCGCCAAGGGUAUGGUUAUCAAUACCGAAUGGGGAUCAUUCGACAACACCUUGAGUAUCCUUCCAAAUACCAAAUGGGAUGUCACUGUCGACAAGGAAACCGCCAACCCAGGUUACCACUUGUUUGAAAAACGUAUCUCAGGUAUGUUCCUUGGUGAAAUCUUGCGUGUUGUUCUCAUUGACUUGUUUGAACAAGGACACAUCUUUGUCGAUUUAGCUGCUGAACGUGGUGGCUCCUUACCCCACAGAGUCAAGGAACCAUGGCAACUUGAUGCUGAAAUCUUGUCCUAUAUCGAAAUCGAUGACUCCACUGACUUGCAAAUGUCUGGUUUGAUCAUGCAAAACGUGUUGAGAUUGCCAACCACCAAGGAAGAAAGAGUCCUCAUUCAAAGAAUCACCAGAGCCAUCUCACACAGAGCUGCCUACCUUUCUGCCAUCCCAUUAGCUGCUAUUGCUUCCAAGGUCAAGGACCAAUACAAGGAUGACGACCGUGAUUUCGAAUUUGGUUGUGAUGGUUCCGUGGUUGAAUUCUACCCAUGUUUCAGAGACACUAUCUUGAAGGCUGUGGCUGCCAUCGAUCCAUUAAAGGGUACAGGUAAGAAAAUCCAUUUGAGAAUUGCUAAGGAUGGUAGUGGUGUUGGUGCUGCUUUGGCUGCCAGCACUGUUGCUUAACAAAGCAAGCAAUGCAAUGCAAUGCGGCGCAAAGCUGAGCUGAGCUGAGCUGAGCUGAGCAAACGUUAUAUAGUUUGACUUUUAAUGUACAAGAUUAUUUAAGUAAAUAUUUAAGCAACUUCUUUGCCAUGG